GAGGGCGGGCUGGUCAGUUUAUUUUUGAACAUCGGUAGCACUAUACCGGAGGUAUAGUUUAGCUGGUUCAGCAUGAAGACCAUCUUGCUGGUAUUCUGUGUGGUAGUCGGCAUUGCACGUUCGACCGAAACCAGAAGGACGUACGACAAUGACAACCAACAUAAGCGAUCAAACCAGGAUAAAAGUUCUCGCCAAGUGGUCGGUUACGAAGAGAUCGAGACAACGUCGGACUUUUGGCGACAGAAAGCUCAGAGCAUCCUUCAAGGCAAGCUCGCGGAGACGAAGAUCACUACGAACCCGAAGAACGUGAUUUACUUCAUCGGAGAUGGAAUGUCUCCGCAGACGGUGGCAGCUACUCGGGUGUAUCUCGGUAACGAGAACCGGAUGCUGUCAUUCGAGGAGUUCCCGUACAUCGGAACUGCUCGUACGUACUGCGUCAACCGACAGGUUGCGGAUUCUGCCUGUACGGCAACGGCAUACCUGUCCGGAGUGAAGACCAACUACGGUAUGAUCAACGUGGCUGCGGAAGUGCCUCGGUACAAUUGCACCUACAACCGAGAGGAGACUGAGUUCUUGGGAUUGCUCAAGUGGGCCCAGGACAACGAGAUGGCUACCGGAGUGGUGUCGAACGCUCGGAUAACUCAUGCGACACCCGCUGGAACGUAUGCCAGCAUCGCGAAUCGCGACUGGGAAGAUGACUCGUACAUGGCGAGGGACGAGUGUGACACCACCAAGUAUCCGGAUAUUGCGCAGCAGCUGAUCCAUGGGGAGGUUGGAAAGCGAUUUGAUGUCAUUCUUGGUGGAGGACGACGUCACUUUGUACCAGCUGGCUUUAUGGACAACGAGAAUGUUGGUGGUUCUCGUGCUGAUGGAAAGAACCUGAUCAACGAGUGGCUUGAACUCCACGGAACCAGCAGUAAGUACGUGUGGAACAAGACCGAACUCCAAGCGGUUGAUCCGAGCAAGACGGAUCGUUUGCUGGGUCUGUUUGACAGCAGCCACUGUUUGUACAACCUGGAGAUUGACGAGAAAAAGCUGCAGGAUACGAAACCAAAACUGACCGAGAUGGUUGAGGCUGCGAUCAAAUUCCUGAGCAAGCGAGAAUCCGGAUACGUACUGUUCGUAGAGGGAGGCAAGAUCGACAUGGCCCACCACGAGACGCAUCCACGACUGGCGCUUGAGGAGACGGCUGAGUACUCGCGAGCUAUUGAUCUUGCCCGGAAGAUGACCAGCGUGGAGGACACCCUGAUCGUGGUGACGGCGGAUCACAGUCACACCAUGACCUACAACGGAUACACGGCUCAAAGUACGAUCCGAGCGAAGCUCGGCAAAGAGUACAACACCAACAAAGCGAAAAAUGUGAUAUUCUUCAUCGCGGACGGCAUGUCCGUUCCGACGAUCGCCGCCACCCGGAUGUACCUGGGCAACGAGAACAAGAUGCUCUCCUUUGACGAGUUCCCGUAUUCCGCGCUCGCGAAGACCUACUGCCUGGUCGAGCAAGUCCCCGGGUCCGCUUGCACGGCCACGGCGUACCUGUCCGGGGUGAAAACCAACAUCGGACUCAUCAACGUGGCCCCGUUCGUGCCCCGUCACAGCUGUGAGUACAACCGCACCGAGGCGGAGUUUACCGGGCUGCUCAAGUGGGCUCAGGACAGCGGGAUGGCCACCGGAGUUGUGACGACGGCACGGGCGACUCACGCGACACCGGCUGGGGCGUACGCUAGUGUUACUGAGCGGGAUUGGGAGCAUGACGGUAAGGUGCGAGAGCGGGGAUGUGAUCCUACGAGGUAUCCGGACAUUGGGCAGCAGCUGGUGCAUGGGGAGGUCGGGAAGAAUAUCAACGUGGUGCUCGCUGGAGGUCGACGGUUUCUGCUGCCGACCACGGUGAUUGACGAAGAAGGUAAAGCUGGAUCGCGAACGGAUGGUCGUGAUCUGAUCAGCGAGUGGAAGGAACUGCACGGGAGUGACGGCAAGUACGUGUGGAACAAGCGAGAGCUGCUAGCUACGGACACCGGCAAGAUUAAGCACCUGCUAGGGUUAUUCGAGAGUGACCACUGUCUGUACAAUCACGAGAUUGACGAGGGUCGUCUGCAGGACAUGGAGCCCAAGCUGACCGAGAUGGUGGAUUCUGCAAUCAAGAUGUUGAAGGGGGCAAGUGACGCAGGUUACGUGCUGUUUGUCGAGGGGGGUCGAGUGGACAUGGCUCAUCACGAUACGAGGGCGCGGAUGGCGCUGGAGGAGACGGCUGAGUACUCGAGGGCGAUUGAACUCGCGAGGAAAAUGACGAGUGAAGACGAUACGUUGAUUGUGGUGUCGGCUGACCAUAGCCACACGAUGACGUACAAUGGCUAUCCGAAACGCGGCAACGACAUCCUGGGCAUCGCGGACGUCAGCGACCGGGACAACCUCCCGUACACAACGCUCAGCUACGCCAACGGCGAAGGUUACUACAGCACGUACAAGAAGGACAACCUCGCCGAACGGGAGGACAUCAGCGGGUACGACUACACCGACUACCGCACCCAGUACCCGGCGACGGUUCCGCUGUCCUCGGAGACGCACGGCGGCGAGGACGUCACGGUGUACGCCAGCGGACCGAUGGCCCACCUCUUCACCGGAAACAUCGAGCAGAACGUCAUCCCGGAUCUGAUUGCGUACGCGGCGCAGAUCGGUCGGUACAAGGUGGAAAAGGACGACGACGAACCGGGCGCGGGAUCGUCGCUGGCUGUUUGCGUUCAGCUGGCGAUUGCUUGUCUAAUCGCUGCGAUUGCUGGCUGGAUCAAGGUGUAGUCUUAUUUUUAGCUUAAUUUGAAGAGUGUCUGUACGGUGUGUGAAAAUUCCCCCUCCCAAUGGGGUAUUGAAUAAAGAAUCUUGCAAUGUUUUGUUUUGCUUAAUCUGAA